AUGGAGACAGAACAAAUUAAUCCAAGAGUUAUAAUGUUUCCAUGGUUGGCUCAUGGUCAUAUAUUUCCCUACCUUGAGCUAGCCAAGAAACUAUCACAGAAAAACUUCCAAAUUUACUUUUGUUCUACAGCUAUCAAUCUUAGUUCAAUCAGUAAAGUCAUUGAAAAAAACUUUUUUAAUAUCUCAAUAGAGCUAGUAGAACUCCUUCUACCGUCGUGGCCUGAACUUCCUCCGCAUUACCACACGACUAAAAACGUGCCACCCAAUCUUUUGCCACAGCUCCUGCAGGCCUUUCAAAUGUCAAGCUCCAACUUUUCAGACAUUAUCAACACUCUAAAGCCAGACUUGCUUGUAUACGAUCUUUUCCAACCAUGGUCUGCCGGGCUUGCUUCAUCACUAGGUAUUCCAGCAGUCCAUUUUUCAUCUGCAGGAGCAAUUAUGUAUACAUUUUACCAUCAUGAAUUCACAUACGGGAAUGCUGCUUUCCCUUAUCAGACAAUAUAUCUAAGAGACUAUGAAAGAAUCAAUCGGAACUUCCGAUCAAUAAUUAAAGAUGCAGGUGAAGAUUUUGCUUUUGGAAACUACAAACGAUCUUGUGACAUUGUUUUGAUGAAUAGCUGCAGAUCGAUUGAGGGCAAGUAUAUUGAUUAUCUUUCUACCUUGUGCCAAAAACGAGUGGUAGCUGUUGGACCACUUGUUACACAACCUGAUAAUGAAGAAGAAUAUUCAGAGAUCAUGCAAUGGCUAAGCCAGAAAAAUCAGUUUUCAACUGUGUUUAUUUCCUUCGGAAGUGAAAACUACUUGUCCACGGAGCAGAUUGAGGAGAUGGCACGGGGAUUAGAGCUUUGUGAUGUUAACUUCAUAUGGGUUGUUAGAUUUCCUGUUGGGAAUACCACAAGAAUAGAAGAAACAAUACCAGCGGGCUUUAUUGAGAGGGUGAAAGAGAGAGGUAUGAUUGUGCAGGGAUGGGCACCACAGGCUAAAAUUUUGGCACAUCAAAGUAUUGGUGGUUUUAUGAGUCAUUGUGGAUGGAGUUCUAUAGUGGAAAGCAUUUAUUUUGGUGUUCCAGUUAUAGCCAUGCCUUUGAAGCUUGAUCAGCCUUUAAAUGCUAGGCUCAUGGUCGAGAUUGGUGCCGCCGUAGAGGUUGUGCAGAAUGACGGUGGAGGGUUCAAUGGAGAAGAGGUGGCAAAGGCUAUAAAGAUGGUGGUGUUGGAGAAGACAGGAGAAGGCAUGAGGUCAAAGGCUAUUGAAUUGAGGAGUAAGAUGAAAGAUGAAGAAGAAGUGGCCAUGAAUGAAACAUCAGAGCAAUUAUUGCAGCUCUGUAUCAAGUAUAAGCAGAAGCAGUGA